GCUCAGACCACAACUUCCCCUCAUAGCUGUGAGGUGUGCAAUACCCGAGCCCUCACCAGAGCGCAGAGACGAGAGGAAAAACAUCAACAAGCUUCUGCCGCGAAGGAGCCCAGCCGUCCGAGUUAAACCUGUAGCACCAUGGGAGCGUGGGGCGGGAGUCAGCUGCUGGUAGCGGUACCUCUCUGGAUGUGUUUUGGCAGAGCUGCUGCUAUCACAGAACCAGAGAUCUGUUAUAUCCUGGAUGGCAUUCUCUUCCUGUACGGCAUCAUCCUGACUGCGCUCUACUGCAGAGUCAAGAUCUACAAUGCCAGAGAGGCCAAGGCAGGCAAAGGAAAGUCAAAGCAGGCUGUCGAAGAGGGCAUAUAUACGGGUCUGACUCCUCAUGCACAAGACACAUACGAAACCAUC